AUGUGCGAAAGGGUUCUCGAGAAAGUUUCUAAAACAGACGCUCCCCAAUCUUGUGUUCUCUUGGAAGAAUUAGUUAGUGUAACCGAAAAGGUAAAAGCAACAUCAUCUGCUCUUCUAUUUGAUGCAAAGAAAACCCUUGACAAAGGAAAGCCUUGUCCAAGCAUUUAUGCAGCCGAAGUCAACGAGUUUGUCCCUAUCAGUAAAGAACCUGGGAGUAGACGGAGAAUUCUUACAGACCAAGACAGAGAAUUUAUGAUCAAUUUAGGCCCAUUUCAACAUAUCCUCGAAAUAACGAAAUUUCACAGUCCAAGCAUUGUAGAUUCUCUUCUGAGUGUUUUGACGAAUUUCCGCAUUUGGAGUAUUCUGUUGUCAAGGAUGCUGCAUUUUUGUUUUGUUUGUCAUCUUUUCCCGACAGGAGCAGGUCAUGAAAAGUCAAAUGAUGUUUGGAUUGGGGAAGGUGUUCGCCAAUGGCAUAAAAUGAAAAGCAGAGGAAAGUCCAAGCAAGGAAAGUUGCCCGGUCAUUUUGGAAGCAAUAGUCACAAGGCAUCGUUCGAAGCACUGGUAGCAUUCCAGCAAAUAUUUCAACACAUUAACAGCAUAUGGAUAAAGCGCACAUGACGCUGUGCAUUGAAGCUGAAGCAGAGAAGAAGAAAAAUCGAGAAGCUGUUAAGAUUCUUAUUGAUAUUGUGCGCUUCCUGGUCAGUCAGGGAUUAGCUCUACGAGGGCAUGGAGCUGAGAGUGAUGCCAAUGGUAAUUUUCAUCAGCUGGUUCUUUUAGUUGCAAGGCAUUCUCCAACGUUGAAUUAAAGUGUUUUUAGACGAAGCAGAAAAACGUCCACAACGUGCAACAUAUCUCAACUGGAAAUUACAAAACGAAUUUUAAAAGGUCUUGUCUGAAUAUGUAAAUAAGGAAAUUAAAUCAGAAGUUGAAACGACUGCUCAGUUUUUUUCAGCUAUGGCAGACAGUGCCAGACACUGCUCCAGAUACUUCACAUCUAGAUCAACUGUCCGUAGUUUUAAGAUAUGUUACCCCUUCUUGCGUUGUUCGUGAUCGACUGGUUGACAUUCGGGAUAUUGACAGCAAAACAGGUGACGGGCAAGCGACGGCCAUUCUCGAAUCUCUCCGCAGCAAAGAAUUCAACACGGAGUCCAUCGUUUUUCAAUCUUAUGAUUACACAUAUUCAACGUCAGGGAAAUUCAAAGGAUGCCAAGCAAAGAUGACAGAAUACUAUACCUUGGAAAUGAUUUAUGUUUUUUUCACAUCGAUCCAGCACCAAGCGCUACAUGGUUUUUCGUCAGGAAGUGAAGGAUAA